UGUCGCUAAUUCGCCCCCGAUGGCUCUUUCAUGAAGGAAAGUGUCGGAAAACCGUCCGUCUGCCGGCCUUUAUCCGCUCUUUCUCUCCUUGAGACGAAUUCCGAAUGCAAUUUUCAUUACAAUACGUGUGUAUUUUCGUGUGCCAUUUCGCGAUCAAUAAUUUCAUGUCGAGUCCUGGGAAAGUCGGGCGCGCGCACCUCUUCUCUUCGCCGGAUCGCCAUUACAGUCCCAGAUUUCGCUGAGCGAAGUUGUCUCGCGCGGCGGAAACGCGGCUCGGUACGCAACCUGCAUGCGGGAUUACCACUUCCGGUCCCGUUAACGCAUCCGGUUCGAGCCGUUGGGACACGAGGCGGUGCUAACCGACCCUCUCGGUGUAUGGUGUAAGAUACAGUGGCCUCGGAUGAAGUCCAACGCGCGAUCCGCUGUUGUUCGUUGUAUGUGGGGGUGAGUGUCGGCGUGAUGGGGCGGGGGCAGAGCUCGCCCAUGGAGCUCGGCUAGAGGCGUGCGCCCCUGCCCGGCUGCCCGGCCCCCCCUCUGCCGCCCUCACCACGGCCCACGCAUGGAGCCGGACCACCGGGACCACCGAUGCCACAGGCCCAGCGCCUUUGACAAAAUGGAGGGGUUGGUGAGAGAGAUGCAGGACACGGAGCACGGGGGCGUUCCAGUUCGAAGCCAAAAAUUGUUCCUUACAUCCAUUCCCGCCGCUUUCAUGGGGUACGACCUAAUUGAAUGGCUGAUGGAGCGACUCGGGAUCGAAGAAUCCGAGGCCCUCAAUCUAGCCAAUCAGCUGUGUCAGUAUGGCUACUUUUUUCCCGUGAGCGAUUCGAAAAACCUGGUUGUGAAAGAUGAUAGCUCGCUGUAUAGGUUUCAAUCUCCGUAUUAUUGGCCUUGGCAGAACAGACCGCCGGAUAACAUCGAAUACGCGAUUUACUUAGCGAAAAGAACUUUACGGAAUAAGCAGAGGCACGGUCUGGAGGAUUACGAGUUGGAAGCUUUGAGCAACUUGCGGAAAAACUUGGCGAACAAGUGGGAUUUUAUUACAAUGCAGGCUGAGGAGCAGGUUUGUGGCGUAAAAUUUGCAAGGCCGGGAAAAAGCGGGGGAUUGCAGGUGAAGCUGUCGAAGGUGCUGAAGAAGGGCGACAAGAUCAUCAGCGACUCGCAGGAGAGGGCGUACUGGCGCGUCCACAGGCCUCCGCCGGGGAUGGUCACCUCGCUGGAGCAGUGCCCGGUGCCGACGCGCAGCUGGAACGGCUCCAGGACCCGGAAACGCACCAUCGAGGAUGGCAGGCGAGAAGUCGAGUUGUUGAAGAACAGUCUGUCAAGGACUAGGGUUAAGGUGUCGCAAGCGCUGGAGAGUAUGGUCCAGCAUGUCGAGACCUACGCUGAGUACGACCCUUUAAUAACACCAACGCAACCUUCCAACCCUUGGGUCAGCGAGGACACCACGUACUGGCAAUUGAACAGUCCACUAGUCGAAGUUCCGACUGAGAAACGCGUGAGGCGGUGGGGCCUAUCCAUGGAGGAGCUAGUUUCAGAUCCGACAGGUUUACAAGAGUUUACUAAUUAUUUGAGGAAGGAGUACAGCCACGAAAACAUCAGGUUCUGGAUGGCCGUGAAUGAUUUAAGACGUUCUGCUCAAUCCCAAAUCCAGAGAAAAGUUAACGAAAUUUUUGAGGAAUUUUUGGCCCCUGGUGCUCCGUGUGAGAUAAAUAUCGACGGUAAAACCAUGGAGAAAGUCCACCAAGAGAUGAAAACACCCAGCAGGUUCACCUUCGACGCUGCACAAGAACAUGUAUAUACAUUGUUGCUGAAAAAAGAUUGUUAUCCUAGAUUUAUUAGGUCCGAAUAUUAUAAGAAUCUACUGGCGACGGGAAUCCAGCCUUCCCAGAAAAAGCGCUUUUUCGGUUUCGGCCAAACCAAGAAGAAAACCUCGACGAGUAGUGCCCCCAACCAGCAACUGCUGCAGCAGCAGCCCUCCCAGGGGGCCUCGGUGACUUGCGGAGCCCUGUCGAAGCGCAGGGGCAGCGACCGCAGUCUCUCAGGAUCGGCCCACGAGCUCGCCGUUUCCGGGGUGAAAGACUCCAAGGUGCCACACUCACACUCGCAGAGUAACUUGAGCGACAUCCCCUACAGGGGCGAUUUGGCGUGCCUUCCGAAAGCCAGUCCGGUGCCAACAUCGGUUACCAGUCCAGUGAAGAAGCCAAGCAUUGCGAUCGUGGCCGGCGCCUCCACCUCGGAGGAGGUGUGUCCGUGGGAGAGCGGCGAGCCCCGUUCCCGGAAAAACUCGGCGCAGCUCGACUCCGGCAGCUCCUCGUCGGACAUCAGCGUGGCGGUGGCGGAGGUCUCCGAGCGGGUCCAGCGCGUUUGCACUCUGACUCAGCAACACACCGUCGACGGCAGCAGAAAACUCUCGACCUCCACCAUGGACCCUCCCCGGAGAGCAUCCGUUUCCGUGCCAAUCACUCACUCAACCACCGGAGACUCCUCCAAGCGGAAGGUGUCCUCCUUCGAGGACAACAGCUCCGCCGCGACCAGCACGUCGUCAUCGGUGUUCGUUAUUCCUAGUGACACAGACAAUAAAUCUGAAGAAUGCACUAGUACUAAUAAAACUGUUGUUAAGAACCACGGGCUUGCAAAGGCUUGUUCAGUGACAGGGGCGAAUGCACCUAUUAUCAGUGUCAGUUCGGUGGCCGACGAUUUGCCCCCCGAUAGCAAGGAGGAGCAAGUCGAACCCACCACCAGUCAGGAGCCGCUAGCGCCGCUCGCUGAGCCCGACAGUGAAUCGCCAGCCAGCGAACUGCCUCCUUCUGAACCCAUCACUGAAGUCGAGGCCGACACGGAGGCCAAGAGUAACGACGUCUGUCCCUGGGAAGACGAGGAAACGUGUAAGGUGGACACGCCCUUCGUCAAGACUUACGCUACUCUGGGCUACCUUUAGCUACCGCAACUGUCAAGAGAUCAAGUGACGUUUGCUCACAACUUCUAUUUGAUUUUCUUAAUUUUGUUUCAAGUUUACCUACCCAAAGUUAGGUAUUGUCAAAAACAAGUUUGAUUAUGUCAGGUUUAGCGGGGAAAAAUGAUUCCAAAGGACGGUUUUAAGAGUGGAGGUUCACCAGAGAAGGGUCAAAUUUUCAAACGGUUUAGGGCAUAACGGAACGGUAACAAUGUCGGCAUUAGAAAUAGACUUUCUUGAGCCCUUGGUCAUUAUCUGAUGUUGACAGCUUCACGUUCCGCCGUCCCCUACUAAAGUCAGGAACUGCACCUGAUUCUUCUGUACCAGUACACUCUCAAUAUAAAUACGUGGCAUUGUCGUAUUAUAAUCAAUGUAACUGUAGGUGUUGAAAAAAAAUAAAAACGGAUAGGGUUGAUUAACGGUGCAGUUAUCGACUUUCCAAUAUCCACAUAAAAAUUGAUGUUUGAACACUUUCGUAAGUAAUCGAGCACAAUAUUCUCUUAAUGUCGUAUCGUUGUAUUAGAUAUAGAGCAUUUAAUUAUACGUAUUGUAGCCUAGUGGUGUAUCAAUGUUCAGUGCAGUUUCUAACUUUCCCAAAACUUUCGGCCAAGUUUCCAAAAUUCAAAAUUUUUCGUUCGGGUUCGCGAUUUACAAAAGGGAAAAUCUCCUUUGGAAUCAUCUCCUUCCGACGAUGUUUCAGUUCCAGUCCCCGGAAUAAAUUGCGAUUGUGAGCAACACAUUUCCAAGUUAACUUAAAUGUAUCCAGGCCAUUUUGAUGCAAAUUCUGGCCUAUAUACGUAUUUGUUGUUUAAUAAACGUAGGUUGACUGUUAUUGCUUGACACAAAAAUGUUAAAAAAAAUCUGAUGGCCUCAUUAAUAUUUGAUAGAAGUACCAGUGGUGUAUAUAAAACCCUCCGCCUCCAGCUGGGGUUUCAAUUAAAUACUCAAUUAAAGUUAACAUUAUAUUCAAACAUGCAAUGUUACUUAUUGAAGCUAUUUUUAUGAUAAAUGUUUUCGUCUCUUAGAAUAUUGUGGUAAGCGUCAAAAUAUAUAUGCUGCCUGACAGUGAGAGAGUUAGUGAUGUAUAUAGUUUUAUAAUAAUAGCUAUUAUAACGUAUUAUUAAAAAUGUUACCACUUAAUGUCCUAAAACAUUUUAUUUCAUAGAAUUGUUGAUAGGCAAUGUUAUUAUAAAAUUAUUGUAGAUUAAUGAAGUAAAAGAAAUGUGAUUUAA